CUUUUUGACAGCUCUGAGCUCAACUCAACUAUUGCCCGAUUAUUACGUAAAGCAGAGACAUUUUUUUACAUUAUUAGUGUGACGAUAGAAUAAAAAUGUUAAAAGUAGCGACAAAUUUGAGAUUCAUUUCAAAACAGGGCAAUCAAAUAAGAUGCUUGGCGACUGCGGCCGCGUACAAGCAAGCUCUUGUCAACGUUCCUCCGACUCGACUUACAGUGCUCGAUAAUGGUCUUCGCGUUGCAUCAGAAGAUUCAGGCGCUGCUACAGCUACCGUAGGCCUGUGGAUUGAUGCUGGAUCCAGGUACGAAACGGCCAAGAACAAUGGUGUCGCACAUUUCCUUGAACACAUGGCUUUCAAAGGCACCAGCAAAAGGUCACAGACCGACUUAGAACUACUAGUUGAAAACAUGGGGGCUCACUUAAACGCCUAUACCUCUCGGGAGCAGACAGUGUUUUACGCCAAGUGUCUCGCCAACGAUAUUCCAGCUGCGGUCGAAAUUCUUGCUGACAUUAUUCAAAAUUCGUCACUCGCCGAACCCGAAAUCGAACGAGAAAGAGGUGUAAUCCUCCGUGAAAUGCAAGACGUCGAGAGCAACCUUCAAGAGGUAGUUUUUGACCAUCUGCAUGCAACUGCAUUCCAAGGCACUCCUCUAGGACAGACAAUUCUUGGACCCACCAAGAACAUCAAGAAAAUCUCCAAAGCAGAUCUGCAGGCAUAUAUCAAGGCCCAUUAUCAGCCUGCUCGUAUUGUACUUUCUGGAGCAGGUGGUGUUGAACAUGAAAAGCUAGUGGACCUUGCAAACAAGCAUUUCAGUGGACUCAAGAAUACUGUUGCAGAUGUGCCUGACCUAGCACCAUGCCGUUACACAGGCUCUGAAAUCAGAGUCCGUGAUGACUCUAUGCCUCUCGCACACAUUGCGAUUGCUGUCGAAGGUGCCGGCUGGACCGAUGCUGACAACAUUCCUCUCAUGGUUGCGAAUACUCUUGUUGGUGCCUGGGAUCGUUCCCAGGGUGGUGGUGGUAACAAUGCUUCCUACCUAGCACGAGCUGCAUCGAUUGAGAAUUUGUGCCACAGUUUCCAGUCAUUCAACACCUGUUACAAGGAUACUGGUCUUUGGGGUAUUUACUUUGUAUCUGAGCCUUUGCAAAUUGAUGAUAUGGUGUAUAAUAUUCAGAAGGAAUGGAUGAAGCUCUGCACAUCAGUCACUGAGGGUGAGGUUGAUCGUGCUAAGAAUCUUCUGAAGACUAAUAUGCUUCUUCAACUCGAUGGCACCACACCUAUUUGUGAAGACAUUGGCCGCCAGAUGCUGUGUUACAACCGCCGUAUUCCCAUCCAUGAGCUUGAUGCUCGUAUUGAGUCUGUUACUGCCCAGAAUGUGCGAGAUGUUUGCUACAAAUACCUAUUUGACCGUUGCCCUGUGGUUGCUGCAGUAGGACCCUGUGAAGCUCUCCCGGAUUACACUAGACUCCGUGGUGGCAUGUACUGGUUGAGGGUGUAAACAAACCUUGUAGUAAUUUAUAGAAAAUAUAUAAAUCAAUUAAGAUCGAAAAACAUUAAACCAAUUAACCAAGAUCUGUUGUUUUAUUAAUAUAAAACGCAUUGUUUUUGGUGACAAGUGAUUUUUUUUUGUAAGUAAAUAUAAAAU